GUGAAUUAAUAAGAUAAAAACAGCCAUUAUGAACAGUAGUUUUAAGAGACCGCACAUGUUGUAUUAUUCUGGCAGGCUGUUACUGUUUACUUUUUGUGUGGUCUAAAUUAGCUACAUUUUUUUUAUUCUCUCGGGAGGAAGUCGUGUUUUGGGUUCUGGCUAGCGACCGAAUUAGCUUACCUAGGCUAGCAGCGGUGAAACUUUUGCCAUCAUGGUGGUGUUUCCAAGUUCGCUAACGGAGGAAGAGGAGGCUCUGCAAAAGAAAUAUGCCAAACUCAAGAAAAAAAAAAAGUCGCUGCUUGCCUUGAAGAAGCAGAGUUCAACCAACCAGACAAACCAGAGUGGCUUGAAACGGACUUUGUCGGACCAGCCUGUUGUUGACACUGCAACGGCGACAGAGCAAGCAAAGAUGCUCAUCAAGUCUGGUGCCAUCAGUGCCAUCAAAUCAGAGAACAAGAACUCGGGCUUUAAACGCUCUCGAAUGCUGGAAAUCAAACUCAAGGACCCUGAGAAAGGCCCAGUUCCUGCUUUCUUACCAUUCCAAAGGAGUUUCUCUACAGAUGAAGAACAACCUGAGUCUGGGAAGAGAGGCCACAGGAAAUCUCUGUAUGAGAGCUUCGUCAGCUCAAGCAACCGAUAUCGGGAAGAGGACGACGGAGGCGGCAUAUCAUCCAGCCGUGAAAUGGACAAAGACAGAGAGAGAGAGCGAGACCGCGACCGGGACCGAGAGCCGGAUAGAGAGCGGGACAGAGACAGAGAAAGAGACCGGGAAAGGGAUAGAGACAGAGGCAGGGACAGAGACAGGGAACUGGACCGAGAAAGAGACCGAAGCAGAGACAGGGAUCGAGACCGCGACAGGGAACGGGACAGAGACAGAGAUGGACCGUUCAGACGGUCAGAUUCAUACCCAGAGCGGAGAGGGGUGCGAAAGGGGAAUACGGUGUAUGUUUACGGCUCUGGGCUCGCUGAGGACAGCCUGCGCUCUGCUUUCUCUCAACAUGGGAACAUCAUCGACCUCUCCAUGGACAAUCCACGCAAUUGCGCAUUUAUCACGUUUGAGAAGAUGGAGUCUGCAGACCAGGCUGUAGCUGAGUUGAAUGGAAGCACGGUGGGAGACAUUCACAUCAAAGUCAGCAUCGCCAGGAAGCAGCCCAUGCUGGAUGCUGCCACUGGCAAAUCUGUGUGGGCUUCUCUGGCUGUGCAGAACAGCACUAAAGGCUCCUACAGGGACAAGAGGAACCAAGUCGUGUACAGUGAAGAUUUCCUGUGAUGAAAAAACUUCUGUUUUUUUUUUAUUUUGGCAUAUAGCUUGUCAUGUUUGUGUUUUAAUGACCAGUUAGCCAACUGGAGGAUAAAGACAAAAUUAUCUGUUGUGUUUUGUAUUCGAUUCACAUGGUCGGUAUGUGAUGCUGUGUGUGGCAGCUUUGCUCGUGAAACUAGAGAUACUGUUUUGUGAAGCUUAAUAAAUAGUAUCCAUUCAUACAUA